CUUCCUUUAUGACUCAGAAGCCAGAAUUUACGAGGGGUACCUGAAGACGGCAGUAGGGGAGAUCCAAGAUGGUGAAAUUUGGACUCCAGUUCAAAGCCACUUUGGAGAAUGUCACCAAUGUGAAACCAUUAGGUGACGACUUCCGGUGGUUUCUAAAGCUGAAGUGUGGAAACUGCGGAGAGAUCCCAGAUAAAUGGCAGUAUAUAACCCAAGUGGAGAGUGUGCCACUAAAAGGAGGAAGAGGCAGUGCCAGUAUGGUGCAGAAAUGUAAACUCUGUUACAGGGAAAAUUCAAUUGAUAUCCUUGGAGAUACAAUCACACCGUAUAAUGCAGAGAACAGCGAAAGAUUCAAGACGAUGGUGCAGUUUGAAUGUCGAGGUCUGGAGCCCAUUGACUUCCAACCUCAAGCUGGCUUCGCAGCACAGGGGGCAGAGUCUGGAACAAAGUUUCCGGAAGUCAACCUGCUAGAAAAAGACUGGACAGACUACGAUGAGAAAGUCAACGAGUCGGUGGGAAUAUAUGAAGUCACACAUCAGUUCAUCAAGUGUUGAUGUCAUCAUGCGCGAAGCCUCAGAGGGGGAGUUUGAACACUACAGCCAAAUAUCCUCAGGCCAAUUGCUAGCAUCAAGGAUGCUUCAUAUGCUGAGGUUGGAUUGAUGAUGAACAUUAAAGGCUGUGGAAUGAUACCACAGCGUGUCCAUACACAUUUUGGAUUAAUCGACAUGUUUUUUUCACUGCCUCAAUAAAACUGAAAGGUGUACAUUUUGA